AUUGAUGAACACCUGAGAUUCAUGAUCCUGAUGGAUGGUGUACAUCCUGAAAUGGACACCUGCAUCAUUGUUGACUACAAAGGUCACAUGAUCCUCAACACUGUGGACUGCACCAGACCAAACGGAGGCCGGCUACCACAGCAUGUGGAUGUGAUGAUGACCGACUUCGCUGGAGGAGCUUCUGGAUUCCCGAUGACCUUCUAUGGAGGGAAAUACAGCGAUUCCUGGAAGGCAGAGUUUAUCAAGAAUGAGAGGAAGAAGCUGCUGAAUUACAAA